AUUUUCCUGAAAAUUUCUUCAGUUAUGAGGACUUGUAGGGGGAGCUACUUGCAUGCACAAGCCCGAAGAGAAUGAGGAUCCCACGGCUCUGGGACAGAGGGCCGGGAACCUCGAGCAUCAAGAGGGCGUCUUAUUUGUCAGUCACCCUUGGGCCACGUUCUGUCACCGGUGUGGUGGCUUUUAGUUGCGAACAGGCUCAGCCUCCCUCGGGCAUGGCCAACUCCUUUCAGAAAGGGGCAGGCCACCGCUUCCUCAGACGGCGCCAAGGCGAGGCCCAUGGGGGCCUGGGGAACGCAGGCGCCGCAACCGGGACAAGACCUCGCCCUCCUCGGGCCCCGUAGGGCCGCGCGGGUCUCCGCCCGUCUCUGAGCCCCGGGACGGGGAGCAAGGGCAGCCGAGGCGUGCUGGGAGGGGGCUGGCGGAGGCAGCGCGGUCGGGCCGCUUCAGGUUUCGUCCUGGAGCCGGUGGCGGGCGCGGCGGCGGGCGGGCCUGGCCAUGUGAUGCCGCGGCCGGGAGGUGAGCAGGCGGGGAUCCAGUGGCAGCCGGCAGGCGCGGCGGGAGCGGGGGCGGCCCGAGCUGCGGGCGCAGCGGGCCGGCUCCGGGAGCGCGCCCGCGGCUCCGCCCCCUCCGCGUUGGCCCCAGCCUUGCGGCCGCCGGGCGUUGGCAGCUUCGGCGAGAGCCUUCCCGGCCCUGGGCGGCGGCGGCGGCGGACCUGGGCGCGUUCCAGACGCCCUCGGGCAGGGCGCGGGGCGCAGCGCCUCGCUGGGGUUCCGGAGGCUGUGGGGGCCCUAGCUCCAGAUGCAGAAGCCAUGGAGUUGAGCUGCGGCGAAGUACCUCUUUAUGGGCAGAAGACCGUCUAUGCAAAUUUUGGCAAAAAUGUGUAUCUUCCUAAAGAUGCCGAGUUUUACUUUAUUUACAGUGGAUCUCAUCAGAGACACAUCGUGAUUGCUGAACGCGCUGAGGAUAAUGUUCUCCAGUCUAGCAUUCCAGGCCAUGGGCUUCAGGAGACGGUGACAGUGUCUGUGUGCCUCUGCUCAGAAGGUUAUUCCCCAGUGACCAUGGGCUCCGGCUCAGUGACUUAUGUGGACACCAUGGCUUGCCGGCUGGCUCGUUUGCUGGUCACCCAAGCUGAUCGCCUCACAGCCGACAGUCAUCAGACCUUGCUGACUCCAUUUGCACUGACGGUGGGAGCCCUGCCUGCCCUGGACGAAGAGUUCGUGCUGGCUCUGACCCAUCUGGAGUUGCCUCUUGAGUGGACGGUGUUGGGAAUUUCUUCACUCGAAGUUUCUUUAUGCAGAGAGUCUCUUCUACACCUGGCUAUGAGAUGGGGCCUACCUAAGCUCUCUCAUUUCCUCUUGUGCCUGCCUGGGGGAGUUCAGGCUUUGUCUUUACCCAACGAAGAAGGUGCCACACCAUUAGACUUAGCUUUACAAGCUGGACACUCCAAGCUGGUUGAAGACAUCACAAAUUUCCAGGGCAGACGUUCCCCAGCCUUCUCCAGAGUGCAGCUCAGUGAACAAGCUUUCCUUCAGUAUCUUCACUCAUCAGAGACGUUGACCCUGACACUAAACCACACAGCCGAGCAUUUGUUGGAGGCAGAUAUUAAACUCUUCAGGAAAUACUACUGGGACAGAGCCUUUCUCCUCAAGACUCUUGAAGAUCAAGAAGCCAGGCCAGAGGAAAGAGGAGACAAACCAUCCAGUGCUGCAGAAACUGAAGAAGAUCACUCUUCUGAUGUCUUCAAAAAAUCCAAGCAUCCCCCAACAUUCUUUGGGGCAGGCCGGCUCUCUGAGGUGCUGAAUGGUGGCGAUGAAGUUUAUGCUAAUUGUAUGGUGAUAGAUCAGGUUGGUGAUUUGGAUAUUAACUAUGUUAAUAUAGAAGGAAUCAUGACAGACGUGUGCCCUGAAUCCAUGGGUUCUACUCUGGGGCCUCAGAACUGCAAGCAUAUCCUUGAUGCUGAAAACAGCCAUGGAAAAUGCCCACUAAAUGAGAACAAGGAAGUGACCUCAAAUACUGAAGCUCAGCAGUCCCCAUCACCAUCUAGUUCAUAUGCUUCCAAGUAUAAUCUUUCCUUUGGUCAUCGUGGAUUUGAAAAGGAACAAAGUCAUCUGAAGAAAAGAAGUUCUAGCCUCGAUGCCCUGGACGCCGACAGUGAAGGGGAAGGGCGCUCUGAGCCAGCACGCAUUUGCUACACUCCAGUGUCUCAGAGCUCCUCCUCCAGAACUGGAAUUCCUAGUGGGGAUGAGCUGGACUCUUUUGAGACCACCACGGAACCAGAUUUCAGUAUCUCCAGGACAGAGUCGCUUUCUUUAUCAAGUAACCUGCCGUUGAAGGAAUCCUUGCUUUCUGGAGUCCGCUCACGUUCUUACUCCUGCUCAUCACCCAAAAUUUCUUUAGGAAAAACUCGGUUGGUGCGUGAUUUUACAGUGUGCAGUUCUAGUGAAGAGCAAAGAGCUUACAGCCUACCGGAGCCACCAAGAGAAAAAAGAAUUCAGGAAGAAGAAUGGGAUAAAUACAUUAUACCUGCUAAGUCAGAGUCUGAAAAAUACAAAGUGAGCCGAACUUUCAGCUUCCUCAUGAAUAGGAUGACAAGCCCUCGGAAUAAAUCUAAGACAAAAAGCAAGGAUGCCAAAGACAAAGAGAAGCUGAGCCGACAUCAGUUUGUCCCUGGAACAUUCUCUGGGGUUCUACAGUGUUCGGUUUGUGACAAAACGCUCCUGGGGAAAGAGUCAUUCCAGUGUUCCAACUGUAAUGCAAACAUACACAAGGGCUGUAAAGAUGCUGCCCCUCCGUGUACCAAGAAAUUCCAAGAGAAAUACAACAAGAACAAACCGCAGACCAUACUUGGAAACUCUUCUUUUCGUGACAUCCCGCAACCUGGUCUCUCCUUGCACCCUUCCUCCUCCAUGCCUAUCGGAUUGCCCACCAGGAGGAAAGAAGCUUCAGCACAGGCCCAUCCAUUGUCUAGAAGUGUUCCAGGCACUACCUUGGAAAGCUUCAGAAGGUCGGGGCCCUCCCUGGAGUCUGAGAGUGACGGGAACACCUGGAGAAGCAGGUCUCAUUCUGAUGAGCUGCUACAGUCCGUGGGCUCUUCUCCCUCCACGGAGUCCUUCCUAAUGGAAGAUGUUGUGGAUUCUUCUCUGUGGAGUGACCUCAGCAGUGACGCCCAGGAGUUGGAAGCAGAGUCUUGGAGUCUGGUGGUGGACCCCUCGUUUUGUAGUAAGCAGGAGAAAGAUGUCAUUAAAAGACAGGAUGUCAUUUUCGAACUGAUGCAAACAGAGAUGCAUCAUAUCCAAACCCUGCUCAUCAUGUCUGAGAUCUUCAGGAAAGGAAUGAAGGAGGAGCUGCAGCUUGAUCACAGCACCGUGGAUAAAAUCUUCCCCUGCUUAGAUGAGUUACUUGAAAUCCAUAGGCAUUUUUUUUAUAGCAUGAAGGAGCGAAGGCAGGAGUCCUGUGCUGGUGAUGACAGGAAUUUCAUCAUCAAUCGAAUUGGAGAUAUUCUAGUACAGCAGUUUUCAGAAGAAAAUGCAAAUCAAAUGAAGAAAAUAUAUGGAGAAUUCUGUAGCCAUCACAAAGAAGCUGUCAGCCUCUUUAAAGAACUUCAACAAAAUAAAAAGUUUCAGAAUUUUAUUAAGCUUCGAAAUAGUAAUCUUCUGGCUCGACGCCGAGGAAUCCCAGAAUGCAUUCUGCUAGUCACUCAACGCAUCACAAAGUACCCAGUCCUCGUGGAAAGGAUUUUGCAGUACACGAAGGAAAGAAGUGAAGAACAUAAAGACUUGUGCAGAGCUCUGGGCUUAAUUAAAGACAUGAUUGCAGCAGUGGAUUUAAAAGUCAGCGAGUAUGAGAAAAACCAAAAAUGGCUGGAGAUCCUAAAUAAGAUCGAAAACAAAACGUACACAAAGCUCAAAAACGGCCAUGUGUUUAGGAAGCAAGCAUUGAUAAGUAAAGAAAGGACUCUCUUACAUGAUGGCCUUGUUUACUGGAAAACUGCGACCGGUCGAUUCAAAGAUAUCCUGGCUCUACUUCUAACUGAUGUGCUGCUCUUUUUACAAGAAAAAGACCAGAAAUACAUCUUUGCAGCUGUUGACCAGAAGCCAUCGGUUAUUUCCCUUCAGAAGCUUAUUGCUAGAGAAGUUGCGAAUGAGGAAAGAGGCAUGUUUCUCAUCAGUGCCUCCUCCGCUGGUCCUGAGAUGUACGAAAUUCACACCAACUCCAAGGAGGAACGAAAUAACUGGAUGAGACGAAUCCAACAGGCCGUAGAAAGUUGCCCAGAGGAAGAAGGGGGAAGGACAAGUGAAUCUGAUGAAGAGAGGCGGAAAGCUGAAGCAAGAGUGGCCAAAAUUCAGCAAUGUCAAGAAAUACUCAGUAACCAAGACCAACAAAUUUGCACGUGUUUGGAGGAGAAGCUGCAUAUCUAUGCUGAACUUGGAGAAUUGAGUGGAUUGGAGGAUGUCCAUCUAGAGCCCCACCUCCUCAUUAAACCUGACCCAGGAGAGCCUCCGCAGGCAGCCUCCUUACUAGCUGCAGCACUGAAAGAGGCUGAGAGCCUCCAAGUUGCAGUGAAGGCCUCACAAGCAGGUGAUGCCUGUCAGUCAUCCGAGGAAGGUUCUGGAGAAUCUUCCUUGAUGGAUACUCGGAGCACCCCCGAAGAGCCAGGAUCAUCUCCAGCUUCACUAGUCACAGAAGGGACAGGAGGAAGAGGCUGUUGGGAUGUGGAUCCUGGCACCCAGGGUUUGGGAACCGACUUGGCAGUCUCUGAUGCAGGGGAGAAGGUGGAAUAUAGAAGUUUCCCAGUUUCUUCACAGUCAGAGAUUAUACAAGCGAUACAGAACUUAACCCGUCUCCUCUAUAGCCUUCAGGCCGCCUUGACCAUCCAGGACAGCCACAUCCAGGUCCACAGGCUGCUUCUCCAGCAGCAGGAGAGCCUCUCUCCUGGCCCGUCCUUCAGAGGGAGCCCCUUCCAGGACCAGGAGAAGUACCGCAACCUGGAGAAGCAGCGGGAAGAGCUAGCCAACAUCCACAAGCUGCAGUCCCAGUUCCAGCAGGACCAGCGGCGCUGGCACCGCCAGUGUGACCAGCAGCAGCGGGAGCAGGAGGCCAAGGCCAGCCGGCUACAGGAGCGCGAGAGGGAGUGCCGGUCACAGGAGGAGCUGUUGCUCAGGACCCGCGGGGAGCUGGACCAGCAGCUCCAGGAGUACCAACAGAACCUGGAGCGGCUGAGGGAGGGCCAGCGCCUGGUGGAAAGGGAGAGGGAGAGGAUGCGGGCCCAGCAGAGCCUGCUGUGUGGUUGGAAACACGGGCGGCAGAGUAGCCUUCCCGCAGCGUUUUCUCCGGGAAGCACAGAGGUAAUGGAACUUAAUCGAUCCGAGAGUUUGUGUCAUGAAAAUUCAUUCUUCGUUAAUGAAGCCUUAGUACAAAUGUCACUCAACCCUUACAACCAAUCGACUCUAUCAGGUGUCCAUCAGGAUGCCACUUAUCCCCAGAAUAUAGCUAAUUCUGAUUUGGUAAGGACUAGUGAAAAUCAAGUAGACCUCCAGUUGGACGUUUCUCAGCCCUUGGAUGUCAACCAUGAACUAUGGACAGCCGCUGGGUCCUGUCAUCAGAAACCCCCUCUCCACCCAAGCAGCAAGGAUUCUUGUAAAAAUGAUUUGGACAACUCUCAGACUGAGUUCCCAACCCCCCAUGACUCCAAUCCACCUGGCUCUCAGCUGCAGACGUUUAUGGCAGAAGCAAAGCUAAAUCUACAGACACUGACCAGACAAGAUGGGGAAACUGGAGAUGGAGCUGAAGAAAAUAUUGUUUACCUCUAAUUGUGUUGUCAUAAUUUUUCCAGACAAAACCAAACCCUGGCAUUGUGUGGAGAUUUUUUUUUUUUUCUUUUCCUGAUGUUCAUGUGACUGUGUCCAAAUUGCUUUAAGAGUAAUAUUUAAUAUUUCCUGCAAGUUCAUUUUUUUGGGGCAUGAGUCCAAUUAAAUUAUUGAACACAGUUCUGUUUGUAUAAUCCUUACCUUAUCACACCUAAUUUCAGAGUUCUGGAGGAGAAAUUCACUUGAAUAAGCAGAAAUAGUUUCGAAAUUGUUAGGACUCUAGAGUAAAAUUCCAUAUUGCAUUUUCUACUGGAUCAUCUGGUUUUGGAAUGCAUUUUUUAAGAUCUAGAGGAAGCAGUUUGGAUGGAAAGAGUGAUAAUCUUGAUGGGCAAACUUUCUCAACCACAGCAGGUAAUUAGGGAGAGUGGCAUCAGGACCCCAAAAGGCAGAGGAGGAUGUAGGAAGGGCCUUUUCUUGGCUCGUUUUUUACAUGCUAGCUUCUCUUUGGGAAGUCACAGGGCUCGCUCCCUGGGGGUGAUCUGUUAUUGUCACCAUGCAACCAAUGUGUCCUGUCUGGGCACCUGUUCCAACUGGGCAACCACUCUGCUACGGACACAAUCUGGACUCUUAGAACCUGGGCCAUGUGCAUUGCAGCCUCAAUUUCUUGGUCCUAAUGCUGGUUGGUUUUUAAGCCACAGUUGAACAUCAUCCUUCACCACAGCCCAGAGGCAGAGCCCCAAUCAGUCCAUUUUGAUGUAAAUAGUGAGGCUUCAUUAGUGCCCUGGUCUCUCAGAGGGGGCCCUGUCUCCACAGGUGCAGGGAGCUAGAACAACUACUGCUUGCUAGGAGGACCUCUGCCCUGCAGUUCUUUAAGGACAAAAACCACUUUCUGGGUGAAGCUUGCUGAUUGUAUGUGCUUUCUCCCAAGGGAAAGCUCGCAUAACUUCAGAGUAAUAUGGGUCUCUUGUAAGAAAAUAAACCAGGAAAUGCUUUCAGUUUGUUCUUCAGAAAUAAUUGUAUAUGUUUUGGUCUGUGUCAAAAAUCUUUCACCUCACUAUUUUACUUUGAAAUUUGAACACUGUGUAAGACCCUAGUAAAAUAGACAUUUUACACACAAACACUAUCUCCCGUUACUAAACGCGAAGAUCAAGGAGUACUAAGGUCACCCAGAACUGCAACACUUACCAGGAGGGGGCUGUGAUAGGAAGGGAAGAAAUUUCACCCAGAUUCCAUUGUUUGGCCAGUUGAAUCCCCACUUUCUAUUUUCCCAGAGCAAGUCGAAUUGUAGUUUUUAAAAGAGCCUUUGUUGGGUGUAUUCCUGAGUCCUGCUGCUUCUGGCCAUUUUGGUCAC